AUGAGAGAAGGCAACGAAAAUGUCAUCAUCUACGACAGUGGAGCCAAUCCAUUCAACCGGAUAAUUGUUUUUUCAACAUUCGUGCAAUUACAACAAAUGGGAAGAAGUACUAGAUGGUUUAUGGACGGUAAUUUUAGCUUGUCUCCAAAUAUUUUUCACCAACUGUACUUUAUUAGAGUUGCCUAUCUUAACCAUUAUGUAACAUGCGCCUAUGCCCUAAUGACAUCAAGAAAUGAAGAAGUUUUUAGGGCAAUUAAAGAUAAGGCGCAAGAACACAACAUAAUUUUGGCUCCAACCACUGUUAUACACCAUAUUGACGACAUGCAUGAAAGAGAAGAAGCUGAUCAGCACUGCGCAGAGCAAUCAUUUGCAAUCAUUACAACAAACUGUUAUUCUGUGGAUCAUAGCAUCGACCUCACCAGCGACACCACACCACAACAGCCGACUUCAACACCACUUGAGGAACCUGCAGCUGAUUUGAGCAACUUUUUCAGCGAUGCUUACAACGAAUCAACACUAUGUUCAGCGACCUUUCCCAGAAGCAACACUACACAAGUUAACCGAUAUACGUCUGCUUGUUCAAUUGAGGUCAUAUGCACAUCUCAUGAGUCCUUGCUGUUCAGCCGUUAA